GAUUGGGGCUCUCUUCCAUCAAGUGCAGUUAUUAAGGCUACAAGAUAGUCUUAGGGUUUGGCCGUUGUGACACGGUCUUCUUGCUCUCCCGGUAUGUAAGUUUUUAAGGGGUUAUGUAGGUAGUUGAAUGGGAAGCAGCAUGUAAUCCUAUGGGAAAAAAAUCCCCCGCAUCUUGGUCCCGUUUUUACAGGGAAAACGAACGGGAACGGAGACGAGUCCGAAGAUGGGCUUCGUCUCUCUCUGUUCUAAACUUCGUAGGAGCGUCACCGAUGACGGCCACCUCAGCGACAUGCGGUCGGGCGCAAGAGUUUUCCUAUCUCCUCCACAAAUCGCGGCCGCCUCCCGUCGCCAGGCUUCGUGGGGCAACCCUGAAACAGAUCCCUGGGCAGCCUUCGCGAGG